AUGGGGAUUUCUAUUAUCGCGAUAUUCCAGUACGGAACAGGGUCCAUGUUCCCAGGGAGUAUCGAGGCCUACAAGAUGUGGUGCUCAAAGGUCACCUGUCUUUACUACCUGUCGCACCGUUGCUACAUUCGAGAACUGGAUUUGUCUGGACAAGAUGGUUUCAAGGAUGUUGAUUUGGGAAUAACCGGAGUAAAAAAGCUUAUCUCAUCUGGCGAUAGCAUUGCUGUUACAAUAUCAGGAGACGUUUUGUUGGUCUAUACCAGGGCUUACGAGCCUGUCUGGAUCUUCCGCGUCUUCAAGAGUUAUCCUAAGGGGCUAGACCGGAUCUCCACCCUUGUUGAGGUUGAAUCUCUAGGUGAUGAGGCCCUGUCUUUCGAUUUGGGUAUCACCGUGCCUGCUGAUCUUACCCUUGGUAUUAAGCCAAACUCCAUCUAUUUCACCCGUAAUGACCGUUUCGGUCACCCGUCUUGUAAUAUUCCAUGCCUCGACAUAUGUGUGUACAAUAUUGCAACAAGGACCAUCAAACGCUUCUUCAGUGGCUCCACCUUAAAACUCAAGGAUGCGCAGUGGCUUCUCCCCUCAGCUUGA